AUGGUCCACGCUCCCUCUGCUGUUACCUUCGCCGUCGUCGCCCUCGGAGCGGCUUCUGCCCUUGCCAUGUCUUACGAUACUGUCGAAGAUUUGGUGGAACGCGAAUUCGAUGAGUUCGACCUCCGAGAGUACUUGAUGAAUUCGUACGAGGCCCGCGAGUUGCUCGACGAGCUCAACGAGUACGACAUGCGCGAGUACGAAGGCUAUGAGGGCAUGGGUGCCCGCGAGAUCGAGGAGGUCUUCAAUUACCUCCGCGCCGUCUCUACGACCUCGUCGACGACCUCAUCGACGACCUCAUCGACCCCCAUCCCCUCGCACACCUCGAGCCACCCUCCUGCCAGGCACACCGUGACUCUCACCACGACCUACACACCGAAGCCUACUUCCUGCAAUGCCAACGAACUGAAGGCUCAGCGCGACAAGAAGAACGCUGCCCGUGACGCGACUCGCAGACGCAACGAGGAAGCCCGGAGAAAGAAGGAAGACUCUGCCAGGCGACUCCGAGAUGCCAAGAGGCGUAUGGCUAACAAGAACAAGAACAGGAACGCCAACAAGAACAAGAAAAACAACCCAAAGAAGAACGCGAAGGGUUCUCACUCUCACAGCCACUCGCAAUCGUACUCGCACUCUGCGAGCGUGACUUCCCAUUCAGCGUCUGUUACCUCUGUCGCGGUGCCCACCUCCCACUCCGGAUCGUUCACCUCGUUCAGUGUCCGUCCCACCGCGUCAGGCUCGUUCACGUCCUCUGCGCCCUUCCCCACCAUCACACCUGCCCCCGUCACUGGAGCACCCGGCAAUACCUCCUCCACGACCACCACUGGUUCGAACGGUAUCGCCACUGUCCGCCUCACUACCACCGCGCCGGCACCCGCAUGCACGAAGCCCGGAAUGUACAGGAAGAUCUUUAAGCACAAGAAGUCCCGCCGUGACCUCGAGGAAAGGAAGAUUUUCAAGCACAAGAAGUCCCGCCGCGGCCUCGAUAACGACUACGAGCUUAUGUUUGCCCGCGAGUACGACUUCGAUAACCUCGACUAA